CCUCGGCACCUCAUGAAGCAGUCUGAUCCUCACAUGAAAGUCGACUGUCCUGAACGUCUGCAUCAAUCAUUGGGGCUCUCGACGUACUCCACGUAGCAAGGUACAGACAUUUGCCCGGAUCCACGGACGUUUGAGGUUCCUCAUGAGCAGAACAGGGAUCCUUGGGUUGCUCACGCUGGCCAAACCAAUCCUGUCACAAUCUACUCUAAAAGGACAGCUGAGUUGUGUAUGUGGAGCUAGACAUAGGGAACGGAAUUCCUUGAGAUGCAAGGCAGACAAACAUCUUGCACACGUCCUUCAACGGAUGAACGUCAAAGGGCUCGUCGGAAGUCAUGCAAGAUUCACAUCGCGCGGGGCGUGCUGAUAUCACUUCCAACUCAUCUCAUCUUCUGACUCUGACUGACCCCAAUAGUGCUCAAUAUGAACAGGACU